AUGACCUCCAGCCCAAUGGUCGCGGCGACGGUUGGGGCUAGCGGCCCUGUGCGCCCGCCAGCUCAGGUCCUGCCUGAAUUGCUGGAUGCUUUGGCGGCUUUGAUGGGGGUGGAGGGGCAUGCACUCGCCACGCCCGACGUGCACAUCGCCGCCCUCGUCGGCUCCGUCGUCGCCCUCGCCAGCUCCGUCGCCCGCCACCUUGCGCUGCCAUCGCCAUCUCCCUCGACGGAUCUGCUCGUGUCCGAGGACACCGCCCCCAUCGCCGAUCCCGCCGUCCGUCGGCCCCGGACCGCCACCGCGCUCCCCCAUCCUCCUCUGGACGCCGUCGCCCCCGAGCCCGCUGCCAUGCCCCUCCUGCUCCCCUGUGAGCGCCUCCCUCUCCUCCUCUCUCCCCCCACCGCGCCGUGCCCGCGCCCGUCGGCUCUCUCGCGCGCCCCUGUGGGGCAUGCACUCGCCGCGCCCGACGUGCACGUCGCCGCCCUCGUCGGCUCCGUCGUCGCCCUCGCCGGCUCCGUCGCCCGCCACCUCGCGCUGCCAUCGCCAUCUCCCUCGACGGAUCUGCUCGCGUCCGAGGACACCGCCCCCAUCGCCGAUCCCGCCGUCCGUCGCCCCCGGACCGCCACCGCGCUCCCCCGUCCUCCUCUGGACGCCGUCGCGCCCGAGCCCGCUGCCAUGCCCCUCCCGCUCCCCAGUGAGCGCCUCCCUCUCCUCCUCUCUCCCCCACCGCGCCGUGCCCGCGCUCUCGCGCGCCCCUGUGGUCGAGCCCCUCGCUCGCGCUCGUCCCCACCCGUCGCUGGCCGCGCCCAGUGCCCCGCUGUGCUCGCCGUGUCCGGCUUCUCCCCGUGCUCGCGAAGCUGCUACGCCGUCUUCGGCCGCCGCAGCUGCCUCCCCGUGCCCCCCCCCCCCGCUUCGCCAUUCACCGCCUCCGCCCGCAACUCCCAGCGCCGCCCUGGCCGCCCUGCUCCCUGGUCGCCGGCGCCCCGCAGCGCCCAAAUCGGGUGCGCCCCGCGGGCCAGUGCCCGUUCGGGCUGUGCCCGAUAG